AUGUCUGUAAAUCAAGAUGAAAUUUUCGUGCAAACAAAAGAAAACGCUCUUCGAGAAUUCUCGUUUGUCGACGAGGAUACAGUGCCGUUAAAUGCUUCAAGUCCGGUUCCAUUACAAUCUCUAAAACCAACAUCAGCUAUCGUGGUUACAGGCUACAUUCCUCCUGAUGCCUUGAGGUUUUCAGUGAAUUUAUUGUCUAAAGCUUCCGGAAAUAUCGCAUUACAUUUCAAUGUGCGAUUGGAUAGAGGUUAUGUCGUUCGAAAUACGAAAUUUAAGGGAUGCUGGGAAGAGGAAGAAACCUGUUCUCCAGCAGGACACACUGCCUUCCGGCGAAACUCUUAUACCCAUAUUUUGAUUUUUUGUACUGCCAAUGAAUUUCAAAUUGCGAUCAAUGGAGAACAUUUUUGCGCAUUUGCGUAUCGAAUGCCCCUCGAAGAUGUGACGAACUUAGAAAUCAAUGGUUCAUUGGAAGACACUAGAUUUAGGCAAUUCGGAUUAUUCGUUUAUCCCGAUCCGAAGUUAUGCAGACCAAGUAAUGUUUUAAGUUUAAAAGUCGAUCGACCUCUUGUCGAUUUUCUUGGUGUUCCAGUUACAGUAGAUAUAGAAACUGAAUUGAAAACAGGAAUGACAAUUUUCAUUGCUGGAAGACUGAAACUACUUCCUCAUUCGUUUUACGUAAACGUACAGAAAGGAAAAGCAGUCUACCCACAUCCUGUAAUUGCUUUGCAUUUAAAUCCUCGUUUUUUUUAUGGUAGUAUCGCACCAUAUGUUGUAAUGAACUGUUGGAAAAAUGGGUCUUGGGGACAAGAAGAAAGACAUCAGGGUCAUUUAUCUUGGAUGCCUGGUCGUGAUUUCCUUCUAACAAUUCGAUGCGAAAUGGAAGCGUACACGAUAUGGUUAGGCGACAAAAUGAUUGGUGAAUUUAAACACAGAUUACAGCCGUCUAUUGUCGAUACCCUUAAAAUAACUGGAGACAUCGUACUUCACGAAUUAGCUGUGACUCAAUCGAGUUAG